UAAACUCGUGAGUGACCGAUUAAUCAAAAGUAGGUGCGUAUACCUAUAUAUACGUGCUCGGUGCUCCAAAAAAUGACAAACUAAAGUAUAUACGCUAACAAGAUCACAACAUCGGCGUUAAAUAGCGGCUGAUUGUGGAGCACACAGCUAGCUACAAGUUACCAUCGCUACAGCACUUGCACUAUAGGAUGCAUUAUAGGUAGCGUAAUUAAGCAACAGCAGCAUCGGAGGAGAAAAAAAAAAGAAAGAAAAGAAAGAGCGAGCUGCUGCGAGGGCGGGAUGCUACUCAUAGUGGAGGCUGCCGCCAUUCCGAGAGCUCAGCCGUGCCAGAGCAGGCAAGCCUGCUGAAGAGAUAUGGCCAGAGGCUUCAGCUCCUUGCUCCGCGGCCUCGCUUGCUGCUGCGUUUUCCUCGUCGCCGUAUCCAGCCUCGCCGAGCUCGGCCAUGGCACACCAGCGAGCACACCGAGGCUGCUCUUCGCCACCAACAAGGACAUCCGCGUGGCUAACGUGUCGCGCUCCAACAAGCUCGUCUCGACCAUCAUCAAGGAUCUCUCGGAGGGCGUCACCCUCGACUACUACUACGAGCGCAACCUCGUCUGCUGGUCCGACAGCAUCCUCGAGAUGAUCAAGUGCGUCCGCACGAACGGCACCUACACCCAAGAGCCGAUGACGAUCGUCAACUCGAGCCUGAUAUCUCCGGACGGGCUGGCCUGCGACUGGUACACGGGCAAACUCUACUGGACGGACGGGGAGAAGAAUCGGAUCGAAGUGACGAGCAUCAGCGGCCGACAGCAGCGCAAGGUGCUAUUUUGGACGGACAUCUACCAGCCUCGCGCGAUCGCCCUGGUGCCCCAGCGGGGCAUAUUCUUCUGGACGGAUUGGGGCGACGUGCCCAAGAUCGAGCGCGCCUCGAUGGACGGUGACCCGGCGAGUAGGCAAGUUGUCGUCGCCGACGACAUAUUCUGGCCGAACGGAUUGACCGUGGAUUACGAGAACGAGCUCGUCUACUGGGUCGACGGGCGUUACAAGUUCAUCGCCGUCAUGGACUAUUACGGGCGUAAUCGGCGCAAAAUCGUCAGCGAGGGUCUCGAGUACCCCUUCGCCAUAAGCUACCUCGAGCAGCGCCUCUACUGGACGGACUGGCGCACGUGGUGUAUACACAGUCUCGAUCUGAGGGCGCCCCAGGCGAGGCCGCGCGAGCUCAUCCACGGCGAGUACAUACCCGGUGACAUCGAGGUCUGGGACGCGCGCCGCCAGCCGCCCCCGAGUCCCCAGCAGCCGAACCCGUGCGCCGACCAAGGGGGCAACGGUGGCUGCUCGCACCUCUGUCUCCUGAGCAGUCGUCGGCCAGCCGGCUACAGUUGUGCCUGUCCUACCGGGGUCCGGCUGCUCGAGGACGGUCGCAACUGCGCCCCGGGGCCCCAGGAGCUUCUUCUCAUCGUCCAGCGCAACGAGAUCAGCCUCAUAUCGCUCGACUCGCCCGACUACACGAACUUUGUGUUGCCGUUGAGCGGCAUCAAGCACGCCAUCGCCAUCGACUUUGACCCGAUCGACGAGAUGCUCUACUGGACGGACGAGCAGGCGCAUGUUAUACGACGGGCCUACCUGAACGGCACCGGCCAGCAGGACGUCGUUACGAGCGAGGUCAAGAGCGCCGACGGCAUAGCCGUGGACUGGAUCGCGCGCAACCUCUACUGGACGGACACGGGCACCGAUCGGAUCGAGGUCGCGCGCCUGGAUGGCUCGAGCAGGCGCGUGCUCGUGCACGAGGAUCUGGGGGAGCCCCGGGCCAUCGCGCUGGCCCUCGAGCUCGGCUGGAUGUUUUGGACGGACUGGGACGACAAGCGGCCCAAGAUCGAGCGCAGCAAUCUCGAUGGGAGCGAGCGCACCCUGCUCGUCGGCAAGGACAUCGUUUGGCCGAACGGCAUUGCUCUCGACCUCGAGCGCCGGAAGGUCUACUGGUGCGACGCCAAGACCGACAAGAUCGAGGUCUGCAACAUGGACGGCACCGACCGUAGAGAAGUGAUAACCGACAAUCUGCCGCAUCUGUUCGGCUUCAGUCUGCUCGGAGACUUUUUGUACUGGACCGACUGGCAGAGGCGUAGCAUCGACAGAGCGCACAAGCUCACCGGUGGCGACAGGGAGGUCAUCGUGGAGCAGUUUCCGAACGUCAUGGGCUUGAAAGCCGUGCAUAGGGGCCGACCAAAUGGCACGAACCCCUGCGCCAAAGCUAACGGAGGCUGCAGCCACCUGUGCCUCAACCGACCUAAGGACAAGUACGUCUGCGCCUGUCCGAUCGGCUACGAGCUGACCAAGGACCUGAAGACUUGCAUCGUGCCCGAGGCGUUUCUUCUCUACACGAGGAAGGAUAAAAUCGGCAGGACCAGCAUCGAGAACCCCAACAACGACAAAGUCAUCCCGAUCGCGGGCGUCAAGGACGUGAGCGCCCUUGACUUUGAAAUGUCGGACAAUCGAAUUUACUGGACCGACGUCAAACAAAAAGCUAUAAGCCGUGCCUUCGUGAACGGGUCGGAGGUUGAAAAGGUCGUCGAUCUGGGUCUGGAGACUCCUGACGGGCUUGCAGUCGACUGGAUCGCGCACAACCUCUACUGGAGCGACACGGGUACGCGGAGAAUCGAGGUCGUCCACCUGGAGAGUUACAGCAGGAGAGUUCUCAUUUGGCAAGAUCUCAUAGAGCCGAGAUGUCUCGCUCUCGAUCCACAAAGAGGGUACUUGUAUUGGACGGAAUGGGCGAAUACUGGCAGUAUAGAACGAGCUUGGCUCGACGGAUCGAAUCGACAAGUCAUUGUGUCGGACGUCGGUCGAACGAACGGCUUGACGAUAGAUCACGAGACUCGACGACUUUACUGGGCCGAUCUGUACACCUCGGCGAUCGACAGCUACGACUUGACGACAAAAUCGCGCAAAGCCAUCAUGCAGAAAAUCGGCUACCCGUUCAGCAUUACGCAGUACCAGGACUACAUUUACUGGACGGACUGGAACACGGGUUACAUCGAGCGCGCCAACAAGACGACCGGGGGCAACCGCACGAAAAUCCACGAUCACCUGGAGUCGGUCACGGAUCUCCUGCUCUGCCACGAAUCGAGGCAGCCUGGCUGGAACACGUGUGCCACCAACAACGGCGAUUGCAGUCACUUGUGCAUAGCGUUGCCACAAGAGUCAGGCGGUACGUCGACCAGUCACAAGUGCGCUUGUCCCACGCACUACAGCCUUGCCCCGAACAAUAGGACCUGCGUUGCUCCGAAAAAUUUCAUAGUGUACAGCUACCGAAACGUCAUGGGCCGCUUCCUGCCCGAUGCUAACGAUUGCCCCGACAUAACGCUUCGCGUACAAGGCUUGAAGAACGUGCGAGCCAUCGAGUUCGACCCGAUCAGUCAGUACAUUUAUUGGAUCCGUACGGGUGACGGGCGCACAUCCUCUAUCAGAAAGGCUCUGGAGAACCGUACGCACACCGUUGUCGUGCUGCCUGGUGGUGCUGGCCAUCCCUUCGACUUGGCACUGGAUCCUCUUGGCAGGUUGCUCUUCUGGUCGUGCUCGAUCAACGACGCGAUCAACGUCACUAGGCUCGACAGUGACUCUAGCGUUGGCGUCGUCGUAAAAGGUGAGGGUGAAAAGCCGAGGAACAUCGUGCUGCAUCCAGAGCGCCGACUACUCUUCUGGACGGACAUCGGUGAAAAGAGGCGCGUCAUGCAGAGCUUGAUGGACGGCAAGGAGAGGGUCGUCAUUGCAUCGGACCUUGAGCCACCGACGAGUUUGGCUGUCGACACCAUCACCAACGUCGUUUACUACGCGCACGGCAAUCAAAUCGAGUUCUCAGACAUCAACGGGGGAAACCGACAUUCUCUCGUCGAGGCGGCCCAGGGCUCCAUUGUACAUCUGUCGGUGCUCUUCGACUACGUUUAUUGGUUCAACCGCGACAGUCAAACUGUCGAGAGGGUGCACAAGAUGAAGGGUUCCGGGAAAAAGGCUGUCAUGAGCAACCGUCCGCUCACAGAUUUGGUAUCCGUGAGAAUGCCCAGUAGCCACGCCAUGGAGUCCAACGUGUGCAGCCCUUUGCACGAGUACGGUGGUUGCUCGCACAUUUGCGUCGGCGCGAGCGCCACUGGCCCGAGAUGCUCGUGUCCGCAGUCGCUCGUACUCUCGGACGACGGGAAGAACUGCCGAAUAGCACCGACCUGCGGGGCUGAUCACUUUACCUGCCUCACCUCCAAGUCCGCCGAGUUCAAGGACUGCAUUCCAUCGAGUUGGAAAUGCGACGGGCAGAAUGAUUGCGCCGACGGGAGCGACGAGGUCGGCUGCUCGCCCUGUGAUCGCAACAAGUUCUUCGAGUGCCUCGACGGACACUGCAUCGACAACGCGUGGGUUUGCGACGGCACGGCACAUUGCAGCCGCGGCGAGGACGAGGUAAACUGCUGUCAGCACAACGAGUUCCGUUGUAAGAACUCGGACGUGUGUCUGCCCAUCUCGGCACUCUGCGAUGGCUGGGCCAACUGCGCGGACGAGAGCGACGAGCUAGAGUCGAGUUGCUUGGGAUCAAUCGACAACCGACGCCAGCCUCUCGAUCCCGCGCUCGACGCGGGCAAAAACGCCUACCUACUGAUCCUGCUCAUAUUUACGCUGUCUGGCAUCACCUUUGUUUUCGUUUUCUACUAUUGUCGCCGUCGAUUCACUAGUGGCGAGGAGCUGCCUGACAUUCUGCACGACUCCGCGGGCGAUCCGCUCUCCCCUAAAACGUAUCGUUUGGCAAAACCGAUGCUCAAUCAGAAGAACUCGCGCAAAAAUCUCAAGCUCGAUACUGCCGUCAGAAUGUCCACGCUCAAUGCCAGCAGCAUCAGCUCGAGCUAUGACCGUAGCCACAUUACAGGUUUUUCCUACUGUGCCUCGAGUUCGACUCACGGUAGCUCGGCUGGCGGUUACCCGCAGGAGACGCUCAACCCGCCUCCCAGUCCCGCUACCACGGCCAACUCGACGCGUUGCUCGAGCAGCAAUGCCUCGCGUUACAACGCCUACCGCAACUAUCGGAGCAUCAAUCAGCCUCCACCACCCACGCCCUGCAGUACGGACGUAUGCGACGAGUCGGACAGCAACUAUCCAGCGAUACCGCGCUUCAGAUAUGGUCAUGCCGGGGAGCCCUUUCCGCCACCCCCGACCCCGAGGUCAGUAUACCAGAGCGACACGGCAAUCAGCUGCCCGCCGUCGCCGUCCUCGAGGUCCUCGACCUAUUUCAGUCCCUUACCACCGCCUCCAUCGCCUGUACCUUGAGUCAACCACGACCCAGGGCUCUUCUUCAGCUUCUUCUUAUUCCUUGAAAUCCCUCACUGCCUCCAGCUCUGCUCCGGCAAACGAAUCAAACGAGUGGCUUCUUCUCGACCACGACGUUUCGUUGACUGAGUUGUCACAGUAAACAAUAACUCUCUCACAGAUUCCCUUUUAAAAGCGUAUUUUUUUUUUUUUUUUUUUUAUGUACAUAAUCAUGUAAAAUAGCCCGAUAAUUUGAGCUCUUACGCGAUUGACCAAAAUCGUAUGUUGACUUGUAUACAUGUAGUUUUAAAAUAUGCAAUAAGUAUACAGUACAAACGGUAUUUUUGACUCUAUGGAGAGCUUUACUUAAUGAUAAAAAGUGACGAUUUAACAAUUACAAACUAGACAACGAAUGUUUAUCGAUUCGAGUCCAAGGCCCAAUGAAAGCUUAACAAUUUUUUUAACGUCAACUUUCGUGCUCGUUGCGUAAAAUUUUUACAUUAACUAAGCUCCUUAAAUAUAGAUCCCUACAAUGGUGCCAAAACUCUUGUGGUAUGAAGGACUACAAUUGAAAGCAUAUUUUUAAGACUUAGGUAGCGCAAUAAAUUUAUAAAAUUCAUUAUCACUAUCGAUGGUCACGUUUCAAUCUCCUGGUAAAAAGGUUCAGAGAGUCUUUAAAAAUUUAUGAAGACACAAAUAUUCAUAAAUUUUCUAAGAUGACACAUUUUUGCCCAGAACUAAAACUUUUGGUAUAUUUUUGUCCAGAAGGAUACGUGACGGUUCGUGUUCAACUUUUAAAAACGUGUUGAAUUUUUUUUACUGGCAUUACUCAAUGCCAUGAGCUAAGCUCGAAUAUUUUUUUUUACUAUUGAAUUGGAUCAUCUGCUCCUAUGUACAAAGUCUGAAAACCACUGUGCCUGCAAGUAAUCGCAAAUAGUUUUAUGACCCAUUGUAAAUAAAUACUUGCGAUUGUUAAUGUUUGACUUGAGAUAACAAAAAUGACUGAUUAUUAGAGUUUAUAUUAAAAUAAUAUACAUGACACUAUUUUCUAAUAAAGCAAUAAAUUAAUGAAUCCAAUUGAAAACAAAAAUUUUUUCGAGCAAUUUACAUUAGAAUGUGAAAAGUAGGGUUCAAAAAAUAUAAUGUAAUAAAUUGUUUUAGACUCAGUUUUGAGUUCGAAAUAAUUUUGAAAUUGGAUUCAUUUUAUCUAAGGUACAUGAAUGAAAUCACAAAUAUUUUAUUUGUGUAGUUUUUUAAAGCAAAGUUAUUAUUUGUGAUAAAAAAAUAUAUUACAACAUUUAAGUAUCGUUGAAAGUAGAAUUAUAUGUAUAAUAAAGUAAUUGCGUUAUUUAUAUUUUACAAAUUAAAGUGGCAUUUAACCAAAGGCUGCACUGUACAUCAUGAGUGACAUCUAGCUAUUUCGUCGAAUCAUUUUAAAAUUGUUCAAAAAAUUAUAUUUAAAUAAAUUUUAUUUUUUAUAAAUUUUCACACCUGGAUUAUUUGCAAUCAAAAUCUAUUACAAGUUUAAAGAAAUGAGAAAUACUCAUGUACAUAU